GGUAGACAGCGUGGUCAGUUAGAGGUUGGUGACUCGGUGAUGUCACGAGAUUAUCGAGGGGAUCUGAAAAGGCGCUCAGGACUGAUUUUCAGCAAGACAGGUCCACUGAUGUACGAGGUGCAGGUGGCACUAGGGAUUAUUUGGCGUUGACAUAUCGACCAGUUGAAGCCAACGGCAGUUGAGCACACAGUUGAGGUCACUGACACCGACACUGUUGAGGUCAGUCAACCCGAAGUGGCCAGCUCACCACCAGUGCCAAUCCAAGUGAGUGCUCCACCUAAUGUGGUUGGUACAGUUCCAGCGAUUCCCGUGGCAGAUCAACCGGCCAUCUAUUAACAGUGAAGGAUCGGCUUCGCUUGCCUCUGGGUGUUUCCGUUUCACCUCAUUUAUAGUGCUUUGGGAUAAGGGGAGUACACCUCUGUUGCUAUGUUGAUCCAAGAGCUUCAUAGCAGCAUUUAUCUUUCCUUCAAGCUCAAGCUUAGCAAAGAUUUUAGCUAAUCGUUCUUCGUUUAAGCCCUUGAGGUUCGUUGGCAAUUUGGCUUGGAUCGUACUAGCCUCAUGAAGCAAUUCAUCAAAUUUACCCAACUCCCAUGGUACCAAACGCCUUUACAAGCACUAGGAGUGUUCUGUUGCUGUUGAUUUGAAUGUUGGCUUCUGAAGAAGUAGGGCAGCCAUUACCAUGAGGACUUUUAGAGCAAUAUCUUCCUACAGCUGCUCAGACGGAUAUUCUUCCCAUGAUUAGUAGAAAAAGAUCGUAGACACAGGUUGCAUUGAGAGUAGGCAGGAAUUUGCCGAGUUUGUAUUUGCUGAAGAUCGUGUUGAUCCCGCUGCACUUUCACUUCAAUGACGACGAAAAAGCUAAUCCACUAGUUCAGGAAACAUGCAAGAUUAUCAGAAGUGUGAUAAAUAUUACAUCUUCAUGCUUAUUUUCACGAACAACUACAAAAUUCACUGACAGGCUAGAACCGCCAUCCUACCGCCAACUUGGUCAGCGGUCAGGCUGAUAAUACUUUAAUUAUCCUUUCUUGUAUGGCUUUUCAAGGAUUCACAAAACUUAAAUGGAACGUAACAUGGUUGAGAUUCAAUAAUCUAUAAUUAGUUGAUAUUUACAUAACCAGAUUUGGUUAAUAUUAAAGCUGAGGAAUAGAAGCGCUUGUGCAUAGUUACUAAAGAUAAAUAUAUUUUUUGUACUUUUAGUUCCAUCUGAUAAGGAGGUCGAAGUUGGGCGUAUUCAUGUUGGGACGUUUUUACGUGAGGAAGAGAAGAGCACAUUCUCAGUCAACUUCACGUGGCCAGGACCAUUAUUUAACUUCACUCUUCGUGCCUAUGAAUUUUCGUACGAGUUGACGGGUUGCAUCUCCAGUCAGACCAUAUUUCACGGGAACUUGGUAUGUUAUAAACGAAUUACCUUCCUUUUUUCGGUAAUGGUCAAGCAUUUGAAAUGAUCAAAAUCGUUACAUUAAUGAAAGAAUGUUCAAUCCAAACGCGCUUCAGCAGGGUAGACGGUGUUGAUGAUAUAUGCGAUUCAAAUUUAAGGCAAAACGUUAAAACCAUGUCGUAAAGGUAACAACAACAACAACAACAAGAAAACGCUGAAAUGCCUUUCUUUACACGUCAGUCGGCGAAAACCGUCAUAAUUCUCAUAAAAGCCUUAUUAUCUUUCCAUCACAAAAAGCGACAUUCUUUCUUGUAGCGUCCUUGAAUUCAUAUCAGUGAUGAUAACUUUACCACGAAUUAAUGCUAACACGGCUUACAAGCAUUUUGAAGCGUUAUAUCCCAAGAUAUUUAUUCGGAAGUCAUGAUUGUUCUUUACUGACAAAAACGACGUUAUCAUUUACCAAAAAUGCCUUGACAAAGAUAAAUAAGUCAGCUGUUUAAAACACUGUUUAAGAAUGUGUUAGAAUUAUUUUUUGAGAAACAAAACUAGAUAAUGUUAAAAAUGUAGUUCUCAAAGAAAGCUUAAAACGUCAGCAAUCUUUGAAGCCAGUUGCUUUUCUCAUAUUAUUGAAUCUGAUUUUUAACGUUCGUUGCCAGACGACACCAGAAUUUGAGAUGAUUGGAGUGAGGCCAAAGGAAACUGUAACGCUAAAAGUAGGUACUUAUUUUUUUUAUUAAUCAAAAUGAUGAUAAUUUAUAACAAUUACAUACACUUCAAAGCAAAAUUUUGAAUCACAACCAGUUGGUGUUGUGUUGUAGGUGACGCCUGUGUUCGACAACGGAAAUAUCCAGAGAAUUGAAAGUCAAGUUAAGGUUACUGCACCAGGUUAGAAUAUUAUCACCUAAAUUACCCAAUUACCCACAACUGGGCAAAGCAAAACAUACAUGCGUAACAUUACGAGUACCUUCAAACAUAAAAUGGCUCAUGAUAUAAAGGAAUUUAAACGGAUAUUUAACAGACGCAAAGAUAUUUUCGAACUUCUUGAGACCAUAAAACUAUAAAUAACGAAUAGCCCACGUUCGAUAUCUUAAAAUCCUAACAUGACUCCGGGGCUUUAGGGACAAUAUAUUGUCUCGCAGCUCCCAGAAGAGACUUCAGCACGAAGAACACCAAACCAAAUAUUUUAUUUAGGUGACUCUGGGACCUAAAGUCGCCUAAAAUCGCCUUGAGUCGCCUGAAGUCGCCUAAGGUCUCCUUUAGUCUUCUUAAGUCACUUUAAAUGAUUAUAAUCUUAAAGAGGUUCAAAUUAUCUCAAAGUUAUUCCUUUUUUAGUUUUCUAUUUCCAGAAUGCAUGAUUCCUCAUAAAGUGAGUAAGAACCCAGGUUCAAUAAGAUAAGCCACAGACCCACCCCACCUUGCUCCCGCCCCCCGCAAAACAAAACUCCAACAGAGACUUUAGACCCUUUAAUUUCUUCCCCGCCCUUUAACUUAUACAUUGAAUUACUUUAGGGAAUUUAAUACGCAUAAUAAUUAGUUGUAAGCGAUACAAGAAUAAUCAUUCCCUUAUUUUUUAUGCAAAAAUGACAACAUAUGGUACACAACUUCAACUAGUCACUUGUACAGGUAUUUUAUUAAUUUCAUCGGGGAGGUUUGUCUCGUAUUUCCGAGUAAAAGUGUCGUUAAAACUCAUUCAAAGGUUCAAGUUCUAGCUACAUUGUAUUAAACAGCAUGCAAAGAGAGUAGACAGAGUAGUGUCCAGGCAAUAGCCCUGGGGUACUGGAUUUUAUGAACUGGUGAACUGCGUUUUUAACUUGCCUGGCAAGUAGAGGUUUUUAGGGAAUUGAGAUUACAGAAGAACUCUAAUCAAUCCCAUUCAUAAAAAAAAUGGGGGUAGUCAAUAUGGCUUUCAGGCUAGUGCAUGCUUGGUGCAGCUUCCUGGAAUAGCAAAAAAAAAAUAAUUAAAAAACGUAAGUCUCUUUUCUACUGCUUUGUGAGAGUCCAACAUUAAAAGACAUUCCAGGUAACUAAGAUCAAAACAGGUUUAAGCGCCAGGAAUCUCAUGCUUUUAUCUAUGUUCGCUGCGUUUGUCCUUUUCGUGUUCGCGCCUUUAGUGUAGUUUUCUAGUUCAUUAGUCAUUCAUUGUACGCGUACCUUUGUUCUUCGUGUUAGGUUUUUUGCAUAUCGCGUAUUUAGCUUUGAUUGUAACUUUCGCGUCAGUUCUUCGUUGUGCUUGGUCCAGUUUAUAAUUGAGUGUUUGGGUCUUUGCUCGUCUUAGUAUUUCGUCCUUAUUUCGCUAUCGUCUUGUAAGUACCUCGUUUGUUUCAUUCGCAUUUCCAGUUUGCCUUGUUGCUUUCGUUCAGUUUGUAGGUUACUUUAUCUUGACUUUGUAUUUGUUUAAUUGUCAAUUUUCAGUACCGCUAUACUUCACAUCGCUUGGUCUUGCUUCGGUUCGCUUGUUUCACCAGUUGUAGAAGUCUUGAAAUAAAGUUUGUGUGUUGGAAAACUAUAGCGCGUAAAGGCUGCGAUUAUAUUCGUAAAGACGAGAGUUUUGGAUGCUGGACGAUGUCUCGUGCGGUUCAGGAGGCCAAUUUGUCGAGUUCCACCGGGAGAAAUGAUCAAGGUGUUCGUCGUUCAAGUACCCGUUCGCGGAAGCCUAAUUCUUCGUUGUAUCAAGAAGCAGUUACAAUGGAAAGGAUUCCAGAACUUAGGAAGAGAAGAGGUGGAGUGCUCUCUGUCUUGAUAGUUAAGCGUAAAGAAAUUGACCGCUUAUUAACGGAUGAGAACAAUCUUGAAGGAGUGAACGUGAAACUGACGGAGAUAACUUCCCUUUUUCAAAGACUUACAGAUGCACACGAGGAGUAUAAUGUCGCCCUAAUCUUUGAGAGCCAAAGACAGGAAUCAGUGGCUUAA